AUGAAGUUUAUUGCUGCCGCUCCUCUUGCCCUCGCGGUCUUGGCCGCUGCGGAUUCUUCCGUCAAGCAUGACCAUCAAAUCAACACUGCUCUUGUGUUGCCUAUGAACGACACGGCUUUCUCCAUGAUCGAGCUUUACGAAUGCUCCCAUGACUGCUUCAGUCACUCUCGCCCCGAGAUGUGCAGGGAGGAGGAUAUCUCCUGCGCUUGCACUCACAAAGAAAGAUGGACCAAGUUGUCUGUGCUCUGCCACGAGAAUAGAUGCAUUCUAGACAGCAAAGAGGAGAAAACACCUGGCAUGAUUGCGUCUGUUAUUGAAGCUACGUGCCAGGAAAUCCAGCAAAGGGAUCACAACGUCACUGCUCCUGUCCUCGGGAACGGCACAGCUCCCACUCUGCCCGGCAACGGCACAGCUGGGGCCCAGCCCCAGAACGCCACGGAUCCAGCCGUGCCCAGCAUUCCCAAUAUGCCCGAAUGCGCCGUCACCUGCAUUGCAAAGGCCAUCAAAAAGGCCACCAAGUGCGCCAUGGCAGAUACUCCCUGCCUCUGCGCCCACGGCCAAAAAAUCGCCAAGGCUGCUCAAGGCUGCGUCCUCAAGAGUUGCGGCCUCGCCAAGGCUAUUAAAGAGGUCAUUCCCGCUGGCAAGGCCCAAUGUGCCAGUAAGUAA